AUGGCCUCCUCAUCGCCGGCGAUCCUCCCCGUCAGCUCUAACUCAAACCCUGGCACCACCCAAGAACCUCAACCCCCGAUUGCCACCCCUGCUUUUAAAGCAUUCUUUAAUCACAUUGUGGGAACCGUUCGCUCUGGCCUCUCUGAAUGUCGUCCAUGGUCUGAACUUGUUGACCGUACAACCAUUUCCAAACCUGAAUCCAUAUCCGAUGCCACAACCCGGAUUCGUAAAAACUACGCUUAUUUCCGUGUCAACUAUUUCACCAUCGUCGGUGUGGUAAUCACCAUCUCUCUUUUCACGAACCCGUUUUCUCUUAUUACCCUCCUUUGCCUUUUAGCUGCAUGGAUAUUUCUCUACCUCUUUCGUCCAUCCGAUCCACCUAUGGUGAUCCUUGGCCGUACAUUUUCAGAGCGUGAAACGCUAGGGCUGUUGAUUGUUUUGAGCAUCAUUGUAGUCUUUCUAACUAGCGUUGGAUCAAUUCUGAUAUCAGCUACACUCGUUGGGAUGGGAAUCGUGUUUGUUCAUGGUGCAUUUAGGGCUCCUGAAGAUUUGUUUCUUGAUGAACAAGAGCCUCCUACCACAUUUUUGUCGUUACUCGGUGGUGCCGCCUCCAAUGCUGCCGCCUCCGCGGCUCCAGUCAUCGUUCCAGCUAGCACUUGAAUUUUGAUAUUGAUAAUGUAAUGAUUGUAUAGGGUUUUUUGUUCUGCUGCUGUUCCUUUCUGAA